CGCAAUGCAAGUCUCUACACUUUUCUCGAUUGAAGAGGGCACACAAACGACACUCCAAAAUCCCACCCCGCGAGCGGUUUAGCAAGUACACGUUUGCUGGUGCAAGAGAAGGCGUCUUUCCUCCCUCUCACCGCGUUGGUCCAUUAUAGUACCUUUUUAUCGAUUUGUUUUUAAAUUCAUUUAACUCUCAAUUGCUCCGGGUUAUUUUGCAAAAAUGGAUGAGGAACACCAAGCGACGAUUGCUCAAAUGAUGGAAAUCACAAAUUGUGAGCAGGCUGUUGCUGUGGACUAUCUCACACGCACAAACUACGAUGUUGAAAUUGCAGUUCGGCACUUUUUCGAGGGCACAAUUCCCGAGCCAAUCCACAACACACUCAACACAUCGGCCUCCACACCAUCCUCGUCUGCUGCAUCGUUACCCACCACACCAGACGAGCCUGUACCAGAUAGCAGAAGGGCUGUCUUGCCUAGAUACCACUCCAUAGUCCAGUUUCUUGCUCAAUUCUUCACAUUCCCAGUCAGACUUCCACUCAUUGUUAUCAAUUUUGUGUACAGUUUCUUUUUUGGCCCUCGUGCUCCAGUGUAUACCCACAUUUUUGACUACAUCUCACAAGAGUUUCCCGAAUAUGAUGGGCAAAAGAAAAAUGUCUUUUAUAAGCAUCAGCUUCAGAGUCUCCGCAACGAUCUCCCAACAAAGCAUUGGAAAUGGCUCGUCACGUACAUUCAUGAGCCGAGUGGAAGUUCCGACUUCUUCAAGUACCUCUUCACUUCAAACUUCUCAGAGCUUAUCAAGUCGCGCGGUGGCGUCUUUUUUGGAUGUGUGAUGGGAUCUGAGGAUGCACAAAGACUCCGACCUGACCGUGCGUUUGGAAGAAGCCGCAGAUCUUGCAUUCUUAUCUUUGUCAUCAGAGGAAACAGUUUAACAAGAAAAUUGCUCAUCGAUGACCUCUCCAAUCCUGAGUCCGUCAGCACCAACAUUGACUUGGCUCUUAUUGAUCUGAUUGCCGACGAUGCGGAUCGUUCAGCGAGAAACCGAGUUCAAAAUGAGUCUCGACGACUCAUGGAAGAGCAAAAUCGGGAGUACCAGGAAAGCUUACAGCGUGAUUUGGAACGUAUUGCGAAGAGCAAGUCUGAAGAAGAAGCUGCAAAGAAAGCUCAGGAAGAAGAAGAACAAAAGCAACGAGAUGCCGAGGAGCGUCUUAAUACUGUCGAGACUUACAAAAGAACCAUCUCCGGUGACACAACUCUAUCGACUGGAUCACACGAUCUUCUCAUCCGAUUCCCAACGGGCAAAAAAGUGAUCAAGUUCAACGCUGACGAUAAUAUUGAAAAGAUCUUUGAUGAAGCUAUGAAGUCGGAAAUGUGCCCACUGUUCUUCCAGAUGCACCAGAGUUUCCCGAAGAAAGCUGUCCCGUGCCUGCCAAAAUGGUACUUUGAGAUUCUCUCGGCGGAGGAGCUUGAGCCAAAAUCCGAGUGCCUCUCGAAUAACCUCACGUUUCAAGAAGCUGGAAUCACUCAUGGUUCAAUGGUGUACAUUGACAAUUUGUGAAACUAAAACGUGUCAUUGUGUAGAUUUAUGAAUUUUUGAUGUUUUUAUUUUUAUUAAGCCCUUUAAGUCAUUUUUUUUGUAAAUGUGAUGUUUUAUCUUCGUCAUUACGUUUUUAGCCAAGUUGAAUUCAAAUUUUUGAUGUUACAUUUUCCCUUUAAAAUAUUGUAAAGACCUUAUUUAUUUCUACCUUAAUCAAACAAAUUUUCACUGCGAACUGAUUAUUGCCUUGUUGGGUUUAUGUUAAACCAAAUAAAUUAUUUUUCUUACUGCA